CCAAUCCCACUAUUAUAUAUAUACACCCUCUGUUCCACUGAAAUAAUCACACAAUUUGUAUCUAGUGCUUAACCUGAUCUUCAAGCAAACAUGGAGUCCAACCGCAAGCGCAAAGGGUUCACGAAGGGCAAGUUGAUGCUUUUCUAUCGUUCAUCACCGAAGCCUUCCUCAAAUGUACAGUACAGCAGCAAGGUUAAGCCAAGCCAGACAUCUCCAACAACAGCUUCAGUGGGUUAUGUUAACCAUGAUUAUAUGAUUGCUCCACAAAAGCAGAAGGUCUCAUUUAUAGUGCCUGCUGCAGACAACCAUCGUGACAAGUUAAGCCAGUUCGACAAGUUCUUCGGGGUUGUUGGUGAUGUAAGUGUGGAUACCAAGGCUACUAGUUACAUCUCUUCUGUUCAAGAACGUUUCAAGCUUGAACGAAUCAACUCGGAACGAAAGCAGCUGGAAGACAAGCUGUAGGGAUUAAUAUGCAUGGAUGGUUAACUCUGCCCGCUGGUUAGCUAGUCGUGAAUUAAUAAAACCUUGAUCGUAUAGUUUCAUUUGUGAAGAGAGGUACUGUACGUGUUGCAUUUGUUUAAACUGAAUCUUUAAUUUUUAGGAAUAGUGCAUGUCUUAAGUCAUCAAGGCUUCUCAUGUAUUACCAAUGAAGUUGUGGCCAAUCAGAAAUUUAAUUCAUCCUUUCACUCUUUAGUACUCUAUGCGUUUAUUUAGUUUGUAACUGCAGGUGCUCUAAAAUAUUUACUUAAUGGGUCAAGUUUUUUUUUAUUA